AGGUUGUUUCUUUAUCUAUCCAUCCUGGCAGCGCGCAGGUGAACUUUCAUCGGGCUUUUCAACUGCGACCUGCAGUUAAAAAGAAAAGUUUAAAGGGCAGGCGUGAAUCUAGAAACGCGACAGGGAAGAACAACGACUCCCCGGCACUGCGGAAGAUAGUUCAGUGCGAUGGCUACUCAGAGCAGGUAAACAUCGCGGAAGCUUGAGAAGUCUGUGUCAAACCAGCGCCACUAGCUUGAAAGCCACUGGCCGAGCAGAUAACCUGUUGUUAUUAAUAACCUGUCGCGUUGAACCGUCGGAAAAUCUGUCUGUUGACGUCCGUGUUGGUCCGAAGCAGGAAGGACAUGUUGCCGCCACAAAAGUGAGACCUUUAGGAGUUUCUCUCUACGUGCAUUGGUCGGACUCGAUAAUUUGUGAGGCCAGCUAGCACAGCGAAGCUUGAGGGAGCAUUUACCCACUCGUGUCACCGUAAGCACUGCAAAAGGAACAAACAUUGUUCAUCCUGCUCGUCUCAGUACUAUACAUGUGAAGAAGUCGCAGUUAACCAACCGCUAGCAAAGUCUCCAGUCUCGACAUCGUGCCGUCUAGGUCCGCGAGACGAGCCACGGAUACGCUUGAAAAGUAAGCCUUCCUCCGAACGAACGAUCACUUCAACGAAUCGUGCUAUUCCUGCAGUUAGCAAACAUAAUCCUCGCUGCGGUCAUCUGCAUAGUAGAGAGUUCGAAACUGGUGCAUCAGGAUUCGCUACGUAAUAUGGCACAAGGCGUGCGUCUCCGCUCUGUGUAGGGUAGGUCACGAAGUCUUGACAUAGUACUAUCUCCGAGGGUGAGUGCGCCAAGGAGCUAAAUUACCUAUAGAGACAGGGCAUUAGACGCAAAAAAAGGGCGACCCAAGCGGUUCGUCGAGCAGCACAAGUACCAUGGCAGCGACAGUGCACGUGGCCGAGUACGUGGUGUUCGGCGUGCUCAUGUUGUCGAACCUUCUGGUCGGCCUGUACUUCUCGUUCGGCCAACGAGCUCGGGACGGUGGCACCAGCGAAGCGUUCCUGGGAGGUCGCAGCCUGGGUGCGCUUCCUCUGUCCCUUUCUGUCCUCGCGUCUCUGGUGACAGCCGUCGGCGUGGUCGGCCUGACGGCGCACUUCUACCGCUACGGGCUGCACCUGCUCUGGGCUUCGAUCACCGUCUUCUGCCUGGUGCCGUUCAUCGCUCGCGUUGUGGUGCCCGUCAUCUACAGGCUCAGGGUCACUUCCGUAUUCGAGUACCUGCGGCUCCGCUUCGGGAACAAGGUCGGAGUCACUGCGUGUGCCUGCUACUUCGUCUUGAACCAAAUGCAAGGAGCAAUCAGCAUCUUUGCGGCGGGAGUCGCCAUGUCUAUGUCAUUUCACUUGCCGCUUGUGUGGAGCUGCGUGGCCAUUGGCUUCGCUGGCACCCUUUACACUGCUAUGGGUGGUCUCCGUGCCGUGGUGUGGGCCGACGCCGUGCAGGGCGUGCUCAUCCUCGUCUGCCCGCUGACCAUCCUGGUGAAGAUCCUGUACGACUCCGUCUACGAUGCCUCGGCCAACGCGUCAGCCGCCAGGCGCCCCUUCGGCGACAUCGACUUAAAGCCGUACAUCUUCCGGGCGAGCCUGGACUUCACCACCGACGAGAACGUGUGGGCGUGCUCGGUGGGCCUGCUGGCGGGCCACAUCUACCGGAUGGGCAUGGAUCAGAUGGUGGUGCAGCGGUAUGCAGCGGCCAGGUCCCUGCCAGAAGCACAGAGGACGGUGAUGGCAGGAAGCGUGCUACUGGUGGUAUCUACCAGCUUCCUGGCAGUCGUGGCCAUGGCUCUGGUCUACUGGUACCGCGACUGCGACCCUAUACUAUCUGGCACCAUCCACAAGAUCGAACAGCUGAUCCCGCUCUACGUGCACACGAGGCUGUCUGGCAUUCCUGGCUUCUCGGGACUAUUUCUCACCGGUGUCGUGAGUGCCACGCUCAGUACCGUGACCUCCGCCGUGAAUUCCCUCGCGGCUACCGCCUACGUGGACAUGAUGGCUCCGUACAUGAAGAUUGAAGAACGCUGGGUCAACGUGAUCACCAAAGGACUGGCCUUUGCCUCCGGACUCCUGAUGACUCUGCUGGCGCUGGCUAUCCCGUACAUCGGUUCUGCUGUGCGGGUAUUCAUGGUGAUGCACAGCAGCGCUUCGGGACCGUUCAUCGGCAUCUAUCUGCUGGCACUGGCUUUCCCAUGGGCCAAUACAAAGGGCGUCAUGGUGUCGGCGUCUCUUACCAUGGCCUUCCAGCUGUGGGUGCUGACGGGCAAGCUCUUCAACGGCGUAAAACCAGCUGCCAUGCCGAUGACGCUCGAUCACUGCCCCGGAAAUGCCACGGUGCUCGCCGCUACCUUCGCAUCAAAGAUGGCAGCCGCUGCAGCCGCCAACAAGCGCGACAUCUUUCCGCUCUACCUGCUGUCCAGCUACUGGAGCGGCCUCAUAGCUGCCGUGAUGACCAUCGCCAUUGGACUCACAGUCAGCGCCGCCACAGGAGGCAACAAGAACACUGCGAAACACAUCCCCCUCACCAGUGAGGUCUUCCUCCAACUCUGGGCUAAGGUAAAACUUCUCAAGCCCGCUCACGAUGGCUGGGAUCGCUGCAGACACGGUACCACCGAGUCCCAUCAACUGCGAACCAUAGCAGCGAGGGUAGAGAGUGAAGAAUGGAUGAGACGAGGCAGCCGUCAAUGGUGCUUACCACAGGACCUUUCGUCUCGGCGCUCUUCGGAACACGAAUAAAUUGUGAGCCCGAAGAGGAAAAGGCGCAAAAAGAGCCCCUCAAACUCAUCAACGUCUCGGAAUUGGGGGCAACAUCUUUCGCAUAGAACGGAUCGUUUAAUCUCGCUAGACCUACCCAGACUGACUGGAGGAAUCUCGCUGAGAUCAGACAAAGGGCACAGAGAAAGGUUUUCUGACGCAGAGCUUUGUGCGCAUGAGAUACAGUGAGGCAAUCUGAACGACAAAGUUCACUGACAAUAGGGCUAAAUUUUCGCCGGUGCUAAACUUAGGCUUUCGCAACGUGAUCGAUUUAUCAUAGCAGACACACGUGCAAUGUAAGUUAAUUAUACCAUGAAAAAUAUGUUAACGCCUUUGCAACUUUAAAUAACCGUUAUAUGCAACUGUAUUCAUCUAGUGGCUCUUACUUUUAUAUAGGAACGCACAAAAGUAUGUCACGAAGUCUCCCAGCGUAGUAGGGUCCUUUAUAGCUGGGCUCCUCAGGCGUAUGACUACAUGAAACGAUUGCAAAAUGUUUUGUGGGUGUCUGAUAUCUACCUCGGUAGCGGUCUCAGAGUUGGUGUCGCAUUUUAAUACUACUUGUGCGAUGUUCUUCCUUAAAUUUUUAUGAUAUAAGCACGAAGCUUUCAUCUGUUCUUGGGUUCAUUCCCUCUCAUAGUCAUAGCCAUAAUCGGUACACCACCGCCAGCACCAGUGGGAAUGCAAGGAUAGUGAAAGGACCCAGGUUACUUAAUAUAAUGUUCCUCUGGAUUGCAUGCAAACCUGCGAGAAUAUUUAAAGCGGUACUCCACCUUUAGCGCCAGUGUAAGUGCAAGGAUAAUUAAAAUACCCAGGCUACUUAAUAUUAUCUUCCUCUGGAUUGCAUGCAAUCGUGUGAGAAUAUUCAAAGCUGCACCUUCAAGCUGUCUGCUGUUAAAGAUGGUGGAUCUGACAGAACGAAAAGACAUUUCCAACCAAGGAGUGCACUCGGAAAAAUUUCCACAGAUCUCCUGCUUAUAGUCAUCUCUUCCUUCUACACAUAUUCAUAGUCAAAGGUAAUUAACCAUGGUAAUAAAGUAUGCGAAUUCGACUAAAACGACGUUGUUU